CGUAAAUACGGUACACAUAUACUAGUUCGAACAAAUGCACACUUCAAUUCAAUCCGUCUCCAGUGCGGCGUCGAAACUGAUUGCGAAGUGGGUGAACUCUCCAACUUCGCACCCUACACCUUUAUUGUAUUAGCGUCACUCCAUCCGGUAUACCUUUUACAAUAGGAUACUCAUUGACUCAUUCCCCUGUAGUAGACCCUUUUAUACUGUACCUUUAUACUCUCAAAGCGCACGUACGCGUUUCCUCGCAUACUUUUGAUAGGCUUAGUGCAGGCCUUAACACUCCACCAUGACCGUGACACAAACCCCAACAAAGCAAGAUGUCAUGCGUGAUCUAGAACAUAAUACUUCUAAGGAGGGGUUGGAGAUAGAUGACGUGCUUUUAGACUAUAUUGCUGACAUACUCUUGGAAGAAAGUAUGCACACGGGAGCAGUGACCUGUGCGGCUGACUUAAGUUCUGUCAUUGGUGAACUGGUCGCCGAAGAGGAGGCUGACGCACUCAACAACGCUAUAUACGAAGGGUUGACUGCCAGUUUCUGGGUAUGGGUUUUAACUUCAGUAUGAGUACUCCUAAUGUUAAAUCGCAGAUAGUUUACUGGUGUAUAGUAGUGUACAAUAAACUUGCAG